GCGCCGGCACGGGCGGGCGCCGUGAGCGGGCGUAGGGCGGGGGGGCUCUGUGCGCCGGCUCUCGGAGGGGCGGCUGUAUGUACGUGUAUUGUAUACAGCUAUAUACACACAUAGAGAGAGAGGGGUAUCAAAUAGGGAUAUAUACAUACGUCUGUGUGUGUAUUUACCCUUGUAUAUGUGUAUAACCCUAUAUGCAUACCUCUAUAUAUGUAGGUCUGUAUAGGGAUAUAAGUUCUAUAUAUAUUUACCCCUUUGAGAGAGGACAGAAACGGCAUAAAAAAAAUAAAUGACAUGUUAUUUAUAUCUAUUGCACGCGCAGAUACAGUGUGUUAUGCACAGACAUGAUUUUAAAUACUUCCAUAACAAUGUGUCGGUAUAGAUACAAAUACAGCUACAGGCACCGGCUUGCCAGGCAGUCCUGUGCGGGGCAGCGGCGGCCUGCCCACCCUCGCAGUCCCCCUGCCCUCGCACCCACGCCGGCCGUGUUAUUUGUGAGCUUCCCCCAGUGGGACGAGGCGCGGAGGGCCGUGACUCAGCUGCUCGGCUGGGUGGUGUCCAGCCGGUGUUUGGCAGAGAUAAGCCUCCCCCCGACAUCCUCCCUUUAUUCCGGGCUUUUUGUUUGCUUUUGUCCUAACACACAAAACAAAAACUCUUCCGAGGACUGCUGCGGUGGAGGCAAGUGUAAGAGGGCAGAGCGGUGAUGACGGAGGAGAGGUGUCCCAAAGUGGAGCAGUAUGUUGGUGAAAUUAAAGGCGGCCUGAGACCAGCCAUGAAACUCACGGUCAUAGGAAUGGUACACUCCAACCCCAAGAGCUUUUCAGUGACUCUGCUCUGUGACCCAGUGGAUGCAAACAAAGAUGUUGGGCUGUUAUUUACAGUUAACUUUAGUGACAAAUCCAUCACCCGAAAUGCACGAAUUGCUGGGAAAUGGGGAAGAGAAGAGAAGACUAUUCCCUACUUCCCAUUUACAGCAGGCGACACAUUUAAGAUGGAGCUUUUAUGUGAACACCAGCAAAUACGAGUCUUGCUUGAUGGACGGCAGCUCUGUGACUUCACUCACCGCAUUCAGCCCCUGAACUUGGUGAAAGCUUUGCAGAUCUCAGGGGACAUCAAGCUUACCAAAGUGGCUUGAAAAAAAGGAGGCCACAAUGUCACCAGGGGACAGAGGCAAAUGUAGCGUUCUUGUGAACUGAAAGGUUUCAACAGCUGUGGACUUCACAGUCUUCUCUGGACCAGUCCUAGGAAAUGGUAUCUGUAGCUGAAACCGCAUUGCCCAUUUUUUUAUCUAAUUAAAACUGCAUCUUGCUGGCAAACUUCUUUACCAGCUCUGUUAAAUGUUUGAAUGCAUGUGAGUGUUGUGCUGUUAUUUCAUUGCUGUAGAUUUACAAAAAAGUCCUAAAUACAUGGCUAUUCUAAUACAUAUAUAAACAUAUAUCAUAG